CCACUCAGUGUUUUGGCGUACAUGACCGACAGAUUGACGAAGACGAGGCUCAGUGACUCCUGAGGAGGGCGCCGUCGAUGGCGCCAAUAAUGUGACCCUGUGUCAGAAGGCAUCACCAUUAGGAGGCAGGAUACCUGCGACGCGGCUUUGGCCGCAGGCUGCAACAUAUAAACGUGCCAUUCUACUUUGUCUUCCCCCAUAUCGUCUCCCGCUAUGGUGACCAUCAACAAGGAAGCCGUCUCCGCAGACGGCACACGCAUCUACGCCGAGGCCGCAGGCGAUCCUUCCAACCCUGCGCUCGUCUGUAUGCACGGCUUCACAGGGACGUCCUUCACGUUCCACAAACAGCUUGCAAACCCCCAACUGCUGCGCCAUGUCUUCGUCAUCGCCUACGACCUCCGAGGGAACGGGCGCAGCGACAAGCCAGAGGACGCAGCGGCAUACGCGGGCGAGCGGGUUGCAGAGGACUUCAGAGCGGUGUGCGAAGCGUUUGGGGUGGUGCGGCCGGUCGCGUUGGGCUGGAGCCUCGGCGCCAUCGUCAUCCUCGACAUCCUGAACCAUCUUCCGCCUGGGUACAUCCGCGGCGCGGUCUACAGCGGCGGUCCUGCCCUGACGCGCCCCCUCCACAACACGUUCAUGUCCACCUGGCUGCAGACGACGCUCCCCCCGCUGCUCGGCAGCUCCGACGCCACGGUCGUCGCGCGCGCGACGGUCGAGUUCCUGGACGGCUGUUUCGGGCACCCGCGCACGGACAUGACGUACGAGCAGCGCAUGCGGUGGCUCGGCGAGAUCAUGUUCGCGCCGCCGCCGACGCGCGUGGUGUACGAGGCGGUGACGCGCGAGCGCGACACGACGCACUUCCUCGAGCGCAUGCGCGAUGUGCCGCUGCUCGUCCUGCAGGGCACCGAGGACAUGCACGUCGACGUGCACAAGCUCAAGGCGACGUUCGACGAGCUCUUCUCCGGGAAGAAGGACUACGAGUUCGUGUGGAUGGAGGGCAUCGGGCAUUGCGUGGCGUGGGAGAAGGCGGAGGAGCACGACGAGCUGAUCGUGCGGUUCAUGAAGCGACUGUCGUAGUGCUAACGCUGUACGUCUCUUUGAUUCUGAGUUGCGAAUGCA